CUUUUUUUUUUUUCCAAUUUCAUUCGCUCUGUGGGAUCAUUGCCAUGGCUGGGCCAAACAAAAAGCCUUCUGAUAGGGGUUAUAAGGCUCAAAAGAAGGAUUGGAGCAAUAAUAAUGUUAAUAGCAAAGGAAAAGGCAAUGGCAACAAUUACAACAAUAGAAACAGCAACAAUAAAGGUCUUGGAGAGGAGGACAAGAGCAAGGUUCAAAAAGCCUUUGCCUCAGUAGUGAAGGGACCUUCUGCUAAUGGUAGCAUCCCAAAGGGCAUGCUUACAUCAGCCAAACUAAAACCUACCAAGGUCAAACUGACCUUUGAACCAUCACCGCAAUGGUACAACAACGAACUUGCGGUGUUGGAGGACGAUGGGAAGGAACAUCAUAUGCUCGAGACAACACUCACUCAAAAAGUCAAUCAGGCUACGCGCCUUCUGGAAGAGGAGAACACAAAGUAUGAUGAGAACCCUAAUCUAUCGUCUUCGGACAAAAACUUUGUGUCAACUAUCAUGUCCUCUGGUACUCUGAACGAUCGUGUUUCAGCCCUUACAUUGUUGGUGCAGGAGUCACCUCUACAUACUACAAAGAGCCUCGAUAAGCUCAUGAGCAUGGCUGAAAAGAAGAGCAGGACAGAAGCUGUCAAGGCAAUCGAGAGUUUGAAGGAUCUGUUUAUUGGAGGAAUAUUGCCUGAUCGCAAGCUCAAGUAUUUUCAAGAUCGUCCAUUGACCCAUCCUAAGGCUUCGAACGAACAUCUGAUCAUGUGGAUUUUCGAGGAUUAUCUGAAGAAGACUUUUUGGAAAUUUGUGCAGCUACUUAAAAUCCUUUCGGACGACCCUGUUGUGCAUGUUCGCCACCGCAUCCUCGGCUUCAUUGCAGAGUUAAUGGCUUCGAAACCAGAACAGGAAAACACCUUGCUAGAAAUGCUCGUCAAUAAGAUGGGUGAUAAUGAAAACAAGGUCUCCGCAAAAGCAUCAUUUGAGAUUCAGCAACUGUUGAGAGCACAUCCAGGGAUGACUAUGAUUGUAGUCCGCGAGAUUGAGCGAUUGUUAAUGCGCCCUCGCGUCUCACAGCGUGCACAGUACUACGCCAUCAUUACUCUGAAUCAGACUAUUUUGAACUCACGACAAGUGGAUGUCGCCAACAAGUUGAUCGACAUCUAUUUUGUGUUCUUCAAGCGCAUGUUGGGAGACCAGGAGUCACAGGUCAAGAAGACAAAGAGUUUCUUGAAAGAGAACAAGAACAAAGUAGACAAGAAGAGGAAGAAGGAUGCUGGAAAGUCCAAGGGACCACACAGGACACCAGGAGAAAUCUUGGAUAUGCAAGACGCAGAAAACUCCAAGAUGAUUGCCGCAGUCCUUACUGGAGUCAACCGCGCAUUUCCUUUUGCCAAAAUUGAUGAUAAGAUAUUCACUGCUCAUAUGGACAUCAUCUUCCGCAUCACUCACACUGGCACUUUUAACACCUCGAUCCAAGCCCUGCGUCUGAUUUUCCGCGUCAUUACUAUUCAGAAAGCUUCUUCAGAUCGCUUCUACAGGACCUUGUACGAAUCCCUGUUAGAUCCUCGUUUGAUUUUAACUUCCAAGCAAUCCAUCUACCUCAACCUUCUCUUUGAUGCACUUCAGGCCGAUCAGUCCCUUCCAAGGAUCAAGUCCUUUAUGAAGCGUCUUGUCCAGUCUUGUGCGCAUCAUCAGCCUCCAUACAUCUGCGGAGCUUUUUUUUUGAUUUCAAAACUUAUGGAAUCCAAGCCUGGUCUUUCUGACAUGAUCAGUCAGCCUGAAGAUAAUGAAGAAGAGAAUUUCAAGGAUGUCCCCGAAGAUGAACCAAAUGGGGAAAAGGAUGGAGAAAAGGAUGAGUCCAAGGAAAGCGAGAAAACAGAAAAGAAGCUUCCCUCAACUCCAGUAGACAACAUCAAGUAUGACGGAAGGAAGCGUGAGCCUUUAUAUAGCAAUGCGGAUAAGACAUGUCUUUGGGAAAUGAUACCAUUCCUAUCACAUUUCCAUCCUACAGUUUCGUUAUAUGCUGCUCAUAUUUUGUCUCUCCAGCCAAUUGAGGGCAAACCAGAGUUUUAUCAACAUGCUCUAAUCCACUUCUUGAACCGCAUGGUGUACAAAAACCCUAGAAAACAGAGGGAUGAUGUCAACACUGCAUUGGGUACUAAGGGAUCGUCCAUCAUGCAACCUAUGGCUGCACAUCGUGGAGCGAGCAUUAUGCUCAAGAAGGGUGGUGGAAACGAUGUCAAUGUCAACACGGAGGCCUUUUGGCAAAAGAAAGAAGAAGAUGUUCCUGUUGAUCAAGUCUUUUUCCACAAAUAUUUCACGCAGAAGAAGGCCAUGAAUCCUGCUAGUACUAAGAAGAGCACCAUAUCAGCAGGAUCGGAUGAAGAUGAGGAUAACUUUACAGGCUCCAAGAAGAAGAGGAAGGACAGUGAUGAGGAGGACAAUGGCUCUGAUUUGGAUGAAGAUGAGGUCUGGAGGGCAAUGAUGAAUGAUAUGCCCAAGGACGCAUUGGAAGAUGUGGAUGAAGAUGAAGACGAUCUGAGUGAUGCUAAUCUUGAGGACCUUAUGUUGAGUGACAUUGAAGAAGAAGAAGUUGAUGAGUCAUUUAGUAACGAUGAGGCUAAUUGGAAAGAUGAUGAGGGUGACGAAGACGAAACAAGCAUGUUUAUGGAUGAGGAGGAGGAUAUAGUUCCCAGCGAUACGGAAGACGCUGUUGAAGAAGAGUCUGAUGAAGAAGAAAAAGGUCGCCAUAAGAAGCGUAGAAAGAAGGUAGCUCUGCCAGUGUUUGCCUCAAUGGAGGACUAUGCACAUCUCAUUGAUCAGGGCGAUAGUGAAUAAGGGGAGUUAUUAUCAGACCAGACACACAUUUCCAAUCAAUACACGAUUUCAUGCAUCAAUAACAUUUAUCUUUC